AUGACCUGCAAAAAAAAGACUGCAAUUGGCACUGCUGACUGGCACUGGCCGCGACUCCAGGUCUUCACUGCAACUGCAAGAUGCGACCUGACCGAACUCUCGAUCGUCAACGCUACUCCGGAGGCUCAGGGGCCUGAUCUCAAGCUCGUCCUCCAUCGCCGUCAUUUGCCUUGCGCUCGUUCAUCCAUCACGUCCGUUACGCUCUGUUGCCAAAACGGCGGUUCGCUGUCACGACUGUCAGUCGGGCUGUCAUCACCCGCCUCUACUCAACCGCCAAGCUGUCACAUAUCAAACCACGGGCCUUUUGCACCGGCGAAGGCGAGCCAUCAAAGCCCAAACAUUGUCAUCAACGAUCAACCUUAG